AUGAAAUUUAUUCUGAUACUAUUUCUUAAAGCUUUAGGCCAAAUCAAGUAUGACAGUGGCCAAAAUACUGAUUUUUAUUCUGCCUCUCAGCCUAGUUUUGCGUGUAAAAACUCCUAUUAACUUUCAAAGACGAUUAACUUCAAUGGAGCAUUUUAAAAUAUUCCACAAGUUUUUAUUCAGCAAUCUUUGAGUGAUAUAGAACCUGGGAAUGUAGAAUUUCGAUUAUCAAUUACAAGUGUUACCUUAACAAGUAAUUAUAUAUACUAUAAUUAAGACUUUAUUGUUUAAAUUUAAUGUCCAUCAUCAAAAAGGAUUUAUUCGCUUUAAUUUAGGUGGUUUGCUAUUGACGAUUAGAGAGUUUAAGUAAUAAGUGCUUUUAAUAUUGAUAAUCCAACUAUGUCAAAGACUUAUCAACACUUAAAUGCAAAUGCAGAAAAUGGUAUAAUCUUUCUUACAAGUAUAUCAAUUAUUGGUCCAAUUGAUUUUGUCUUAUCAGUAUUAUUUUUUAAUAUAUUUAGUUAUCUAGUAUAACAAAAACUAGUGUCACAGUAGAUAUAUCUAAUCCUUCAGGAAAAUUUGUAAAUCUUAAAUAAAUUGGAUAUUAAAUAGUAUUAGGAACUAGCGAAAUAUUUAACAUGUUAGGUAUUUAAACAGUAACCACCACAUCGUACACUAGCUAAAAUUUUAAUUUAUAAACAAAUAAAUGGAUUCUAACUCCAAUUGUUGGAUUCCAAUUUGAUAACAACUAGUAUUUAUAAUUUAGAUGGACCUACACUUAUACUGCCUCAACAGUGUCUUGUAAAGUAGAUUCUUGUAAAAAUUAAUCAUUUAUAUAGGGGACAAACUUGUAAAGCAUACCCAUUUAACAGCUUUGAUGUCUUAUGUGAUAAAUACACUUUAUCAACCACUACAAACUUAGACUAUAAGAAUUUCAUAAAAAAUUGAUUUAGAAGCUCUAAAUAGACCUACAGUUUAUGCAGAAUUACCAUAAACAAAUGAAGUUUUUAAUUAAAUAGGUACUUUUACUACUAUUAUUGACAAAUCCAUUUCUCCAGUGCUUAUAAAUGUCAUAAUAAAAUGUUCAUUUGCUAAGAAAAUAAAAAGUUAAUUUAAUAAAUGCAAUAAUUGCUCUUUUUAGAAAUUUUAUCUAUAUAGUCAUAAUUGUAAUAAUUAAAUUAAUUAAAUAUCUUAUUUUUCAAGAUAUUUACCAACAAAUUCAGCUCAUUAAGAAUUAACAAUAAUAAUUAGUGAUAAAAGAAUUUAAAUUAAUUAAAUAACUUAUAAUUAGGUUGCAGCCGUUAACAAUAUUUUGGAUAUUGAAUAAUUGAAUAUUUGA